UUUCUCCGGGCACACACUCUCCGCGCUGCGCGCUCCCCGGGCAGGGUGGCCUCGGACCUCGGCAGACAGCAGUGGUGUGCGCCGCGCUGGCUCCGGGGCGCGUUCACCGCCUGGCGGGAGCCUCUCGCUGGGGUCACUCGACUGCUGCUCCCCGUCUCCCGGGAGCCAGCGGGGUGAGCUGGAGGCCGACCCGGCCGGACGCCGCGCUCCUAUAAAUAGCACGCGUGUGCUCGCCUGGCGCCCUCCCGGCUGCGCGAGGACAGACAAAGUUGUGCGCAGGGACUCGGGGCGCGCGGCAGCGGCUGGAGAGGACCCCGCCGCCGAGCCGCCUUGCGCCCUGGAACCGAUCCCGCGACUCGGUGCUCUCCGUGCCCAGGACCUGGCCGGCUGCUGCCUACCUGCCGACGUCCGGGAGGCGCCGAGGUGUGGGGGAUUUUUGACGAGGCCAAAGUGGGAGUCGCUAGAGUCCUGGCCAUGAACACAGCCUCGCGUUCUUCUCAGUCCGGGAAACACCUUCUGCUUCUGUAAUCCGUCCCUGUCUCAAGCCGGACGCUUACCGGACCGACAACCGCACCGCUCGGCACCCACCUACCCCCGAGGCUUUUCUUUGCGUCUCCUUUGUUUUUCCUGCUCCGUCGUCCACCUGGGGGUGCUUGGGUUUGGGGUGAGAAUUUACUGCCGUUUUCCUGUUUGAGGUGUGAAUGGGAGGGUUUGCGGACUUUUAGAUGUCCAAGAACAAGGGUGGGUGCAGGAACCCCGGGCAGGGCUGAUUCUUGGGCGGAGGAGGGUGGGGUAGGGUUCUGCAUGAGCUCCUUAAAGGACAAAGGUAACAGAACCAGCGAGAGAGCGCGAGCGGAGACUUUGACUUCAAACCACGGAAUUGGGGGAAGUGUGCGCGCCGCCGCCGCCGUUCCCGCAGCGCUGUCGAUCUAGCCACUGGCAGCUUCCCGAGCGCCGGGGUCCCGGGCUUGGAGGCGAAGCGCGCGAGCAGGAGCGCAGCCGGCUGCGGCUGCCCACGCCGCUCACCAUGGGCUCCCGGAGCCGGGCGCUGUCCGUGGUACCGGCCGUGCUGCUGGUCCUCACCCUGCCGGGGCUGCCCGUCUGGGCGCAGAACGACACGGAGCCCAUUGUGCUGGAGGGCAAGUGUCUGGUGGUGUGCGACUCGAACCCGGCUACGGACUCCAAGGGCUCCUCUUCCUCCCCUCUGGGGAUCUCGGUCCGGGCGGCCAACUCAAAGGUCGCCUUCUCAGCGGUGCGGAGCACCAACCACGAACCGUCCGAGAUGAGCAACAAGACGCGCAUCAUUUACUUCGAUCAGAUCCUAGUAAACGUGGGCAAUUUUUUCACCCUGGAGUCUGUCUUUGUAGCACCAAGAAAAGGAAUUUACAGUUUCAGCUUUCAUGUAAUUAAAGUCUACCAGAGCCAAACAAUCCAGGUUAACCUGAUGUUAAAUGGAAAGCCAGUAAUAUCUGCCUUCGCCGGGGACAAAGAUGUUACUCGUGAAGCUGCCACUAACGGCGUGCUACUCUACCUGGAUAAGGAGGAUAAAGUUUACCUAAAACUGGAGAAAGGUAACUUGGUUGGAGGCUGGCAGUAUUCCACGUUCUCUGGCUUUCUGGUGUUUCCCUUAUAGGAUUUGAUUUCUCCGUGACAUUCCGACCCCGAGUUGUUGGAAGAUCAUUCUCUCAUCAUCCGAUUGAUGUCUUUGAUCGGUUUCUCAUGGGUGAAUAUGGAUUCUCUUUAAGGAUUUUAGGCCUGUCCGAACCAAUACACAGUCUCACCGAUUAUUUUGUGUGUGCGCGUCUCGGUAUACUUGGAUGGGGACUCACAGCAGACAUCGUAUGUACCAGUGCUCAAGUGUAACAGUUAAAAACUGUCUGCAAGGUUUAUUCUGAAUUUAAUUUCCCGGGAUCACUGAAUCCGUUGCAGAUGUGGAAUUUUAUUUAUUUGUUUUUAGAAGAUUGGCAACUGGGUCUAAGAAUUAGAAAAUCAAGUUCUGGCUUCAAUCAACUGUUAGUGCGAUCCUGCCAAAGAACUCUGUGCUGUGUUGGUAUAUCGAUUAUACUCGUUUUUAUUCCUUUGGAAUUAGUUUGUUCUGUUCUCUUAAAGUAAGUGGAGAGGUUUUUUUUUUUUUUUUUUUCAGUGACUGGCUUUAUGUCUUCUCUACAAAUAGGGUAAUGGAUGGCUCGCUCGCAGUUACCCUCUGAGAUCACCAACAUGACUUCCCUUUACAAAAAAGAAUGCUUCAUAGUUGUAUUUUAAUUAUAUAUGUGAAAGAGUCAUAUUUUCCAAAUUAUAUUUUCUAAUAGGAAGAAUAGAUCGUAAGUCUGACAAGGAAAAAGUUGCUUACCCGAGUUCUAAGUGCUCAGCCCCCAAGCCACCCCCCCCCCUGCAAACGCCCUCCUCUUUGGGAAAUCUUAUACUUUCUUGCUCAGCUUGAAUUAACAUGAUGGAUAAUAACCACAUUAUUAAAAACCUAAGGGAUUUUUUCCCCUUGGACGUGACCACUUUAUUAAAUGGAGAGGGGACGCCCUUGUUUUUAAUUACGCCUAUUUUUCAAGUCUUCUGUUGUGUUUGGAAGUAUCAUCUGGUUUUGCCUUAAUUCCUUCAAUUGUAUAUAUUUAUCUGUUUAGCUAAUAUUAAAUCCAAAUAUCCCAUAUCUAAACUUAGUGCAAUAUCUUAUUUUGUCUUUUGUACAGGUCAUAUGA